AUGGGAAAACCGAAAGCUAUAUGUACGGCUCGAAAAUCCGACAGAUUAGCAGGAUACAAAAAAGGAUAUAAUGGAAAGGCCGAUCCAUUCAGUGCAACAUCACAUACCAAAAGCAUCAACUCUCAAAAAAGUUCAGAAGAACGACGAAGUCUUAGUGGUUGGCUUUGGAGAAAAGGUCAUGCAGUGGGAUAUUCUAGAUUGCGGGGAUGUGUGCUGUGUCAUAAGGCGAGCACGGCGAGACCGUGCGAGACCGCUAUCUUCACAAUACGUAGAGUGUUCUAUCAAUAUAGCUGUUGUCCAAGAGACACUGAUUGCAUCUUGAAACAGGUUGGCGUUCCUACAUUUGUAGGUGCGCUUGGUCUGAUGGUGAGAUGGUCUAAGGCAUUUUUACUACUCUUCCGUUUGAAUGCUCUGGACCAUCAUUUUAUGUCGAUGGAAUGUCCGAUACAUCCCGGCGCUCAUUUGGUGGAGGAUCAUCGAGCCGGUGAUUUAAUCUGCUCUGAAUGUGGUUUAGUUGUGGGGGACAGACUAGUGGAUGUGGGCACAGAAUGGCGAUCAUUCAGUAACGAGAAAUCUGGUGCAGAUCCUUCACGUGUUGGUGCACCGGAGAAUCCACUUCUUGGAAGCGCUGAUUUAUCGACAUCUAUUGCUGUCGGUUUUGGUAGUUCUGAGAGUGAUCACAGCUUGGCAAAUGCACAGCGCAAGAAUAUGAACAACAUGGAUCGGCAAAUGUCGCAGGGUUUAAGUGUAAUUCGUGAAAUGAGCGCACGGAUUCACCUCCCAAAAUCUAUUGAGGAUGGUGCGGCGAAGAUUUUCAAGGAUGUUUUGGAUAGCAAAGCAUUACGCGGUAAAAAUAACGAAGCUCAAGCAGCAGCCUGCUUAUAUAUAGCUUGCAGAAAGGAAGGUGUUCCACGUACAUUUAAAGAAAUCUGCGCUGCUUCUCGUGUUUCCAAAAAAGAAAUAGGAAGAUGUUUCAAACUGAUUAUAAAAUCAUUGGAAACGAGUUUAGAACAGAUUACUAGCGCAGAUUUUAUGUCACGAUUUUGUGGUAAUUUGGGUUUACCGCAUAGUAUCCAGGCUGCAGCAACUCGAAUUGCAAAAAAAGCUGUUGAACUGGAUUUAGUCGCUGGCCGUAGUCCAAUAUCUAUAGCUGCAGCAGCGAUAUAUAUGGCAAGCCAAGCAUCCAACAGUAAAAAAACUGCUAAAGAAAUUGGUGAAAUUGCGGGUGCAGCUGAAGUGACAGUGAAACAAACAUAUAAACUUCUUUACCCUCGCGCCGCAGAAUUGUUUCCGGAGGAUUUCAAAUUUGCUACAGGUGUUGAUUCGCUUCCCCCAUCGUGA